AAGCCUAAGCCAGCCUAGGGGAACGUUUGCUGUUUGACAAGAAGAUAAUUGAAGCGAGAAAAGGAAGUAAAUAAAAAAAGCAAACAAACCAGAAAACGGUUAAUGAAGCAAGAAAACAAAGCAAAACAGCGAGAAACAAAAGACGAAACAUCGAAAAACGAAAGUGGGAAAAAAGAGGUAACGAAACUCGUCUCUCUAAAGCGGGGGAAACUUUCUAAGCAGACAACACAACACAGCAAGCAACUCUGGCAGGAGAUCUAUUUCUAUAUCUGAGCAAGUAGGCUAGACAGAGCCAUUGCCCUACCAACCAAAAUGUAAUUUUAAGAGGACAUGAGACUGUGAUAGUGAACGGCGUGAAGAGAGAAGAGAACAAAUACACACACACACACUCACACCAAGAGCGACAAACAGACACACAGAGUAAAUUGCACGCGUGUGUAUGUGGAACAUAGCACACAGCCGUCUAGUUGCUGGAGUGUGUGCGUGUGAAUGGUGAACAUGUUCGGUGGUUCUGUGUUUAUUGUUCUAUUAGUAAGUGUUGUUUAGUUUUAUGUAAUGUUUCAUUCUCCACAGCCUUGUUACACUUUCUUUUACCUAACAUCUUCUUAGAUGAUCUUGUUUACGUUUUUUUACGUUUCCUUUUACGUUGUUUGCAAUCUCUUUUGUUAAACUUUUGCAUGUGUGUAGACCUUUCGAUUCGGUUUAGAUAUGGUACAUUACGAACAUUGAGAGGGGCAAAAGCCCUCGACCACUAUAAACCUAUAAAAUUGAAUUGUUCAUCGAAAUGUUGUAGGGCAGCAGGGGUGAUGUUAGCGUGCAACGACGCGACGCACAUCGCCCCUGCUACAGUAAGAGUAAACCAACAAACAAACCAGCAAAAAAAAACCACAUCACAGAGCGACAAAACUAUACGAACGACGAUGAAGAAUAGUAAGCAAUAACUAACGCAACUCAAAUGCCUCGAAACACUUUUUUGAACACAUUGAGGGGUUGGUUUGAAGAGCCUCACGGUGGCGAAGAGCCUUUCUAUCUGCAAGCACUCACACUGACACACACACACAUACAAAAACCUCACACUUUCGCGGCUUUUAGCAUUCUAUGGUGGUGUUUCUGUUACGUACUCUGCGUUCUACGUUUAUCGCAAAAUAAACACCUCAAUCGUCCACUGUA